AUGGGACCAAUGCAGGAGACAAUAUAUGACUUUUGGAGAAUGGUAUGGCAUGAAAACACAGCCAGCGUAAUCAUGGUCACUAAUCUUGUAGAAGUGGGAAGGGUCAAAUGCUGCAAAUACUGGCCAGAUGACACAGAGAUAUAUAAAGACAUUAAAGUUACCCUAAUAGAGACAGAGCUCCUGGCUGAAUAUGUGAUUCGAACAUUUGCAGUAGAAAAGAGAGGUGCUCAUGAGAUUCGAGAAAUUCGGCAGUUUCACUUCACUGGCUGGCCAGACCACGGUGUACCAUACCAUGCAACAGGCCUGCUGGGAUUUGUACGGCAAGUCAAAUCUAAGAGUCCACCAAACGCUGGCCCUCUGGUUGUUCACUGCAGUGCUGGUGCUGGCAGAACCGGGUGCUUCAUUGUUAUUGACAUCAUGCUAGAUAUGGCAGAAAGAGAAGGCGUUGUAGACAUAUACAAUUGUGUGAGAGAGCUUCGGUCUCGGAGAGUUAACAUGGUGCAGACUGAGGAACAGUAUGUUUUCAUUCAUGAUGCUAUCCUGGAAGCCUGUCUUUGUGGGGACACAUCUAUUCCAGCUUCUCAAGUUAGGUCUGUUUACUAUGAAAUGAAUAAACUGGAUCCUCAGACUAACUCCAGCCAGAUCAAAGAGGAAUUUAGGACUUUAAAUAUGGUGACUCCAACACUGCGUGUAGAAGACUGCAGCAUAGCACUUUUACCACGAAAUCAUGAAAAGAAUCGCUGUAUGGAUGUUCUGCCUCCAGACAGAUGCCUGCCUUUCCUCAUAACGAUAGAUGGGGAGAGCAGUAACUACAUUAAUGCUGCACUGAUGGAUAGCUACAAGCAACCAUCAGCUUUUAUAGUUACACAGCAUCCCUUACCAAAUACUGUCAAAGAUUUCUGGAGACUGGUCCUAGAUUAUCACUGCACUUCAAUAGUUAUGCUGAACGAUGUCGAUCCAGCACAGCUGUGUCCUCAGUACUGGCCAGAAAAUGGAGUACACCGACACGGUCCCAUUCAGGUGGAGUUUGUAUCAGCUGAUUUAGAAGAAGACAUAAUCAGCCGGAUAUUCCGAAUUUAUAAUGCAGCCAGACCCCAAGAUGGCUAUCGGAUGGUGCAGCAGUUCCAGUUCCUAGGAUGGCCUAUGUACAGAGACACUCCUGUUUCUAAACGCUCCUUCUUGAAGCUCAUCCGCCAAGUGGAGAAGUGGCAGGAAGAAUACAAUGGGGGAGAGGGACGCACGGUUGUACAUUGUUUGAAUGGAGGUGGCCGGAGUGGGACAUUUUGUGCAAUCAGUAUUGUUUGUGAAAUGCUUCGACAUCAGAGGGCUGUGGAUGUAUUCCAUGCUGUGAAGACACUGAGGAAUAAUAAGCCUAACAUGGUGGACCUUCUGGAUCAAUACAAAUUCUGCUAUGAAGUGGCUUUGGAAUACUUGAAUUCUGGCUGAUUGCAUAAACAGCACAGAGAAAGUUCCUCCUUUCACCAUCACAAACAAAGCAAGUCACUUCAUGAUAUCUGUGUAAAUGAGAUGAAGACUUCUCAGUGUUACGCUUAUACUGCUUUGUAUAAUUGACUCUUUUUAAGAGCCCAAAAAGAUGUUUAUAAAACUGCUUGCACUGCCCUUUUUCCACUAUAAUGCCGCAGCUUGACAUCAGUAUGAACGUGCACCAAACCAAACCAUGUGGCAGUUGUUGAACACUGUAUUCAUACAUAGCCAUUGAUGCGGUGAAGCAGCAUAGUCCUCUGGUAAAUAAGAGAGCACAAUUAUAUUCUUAUGAAGGAAUUUGUACUUUUCUGUUAUAUUUUGUUGCCUGUGAUUCUCAGUUAUUGUCACAGACUAGUGUACAUUUCUGUUCUGUGAAGAAUGCUGUCUGGCAUUUUGAUAAUAUAUGAUUUUGGUUAUAUUUGUAUUCUAACAUGUGCAUAAUAAAUAAAUCAUAAUGUAGCUUAUCUGAACUAAUGGAAAGACAUGUACCAAAUCAUGUUAACUUUGUUGAGUUGUAAUUUCUAUCCACUUUGUACCAUUUCAGAGAGAGAACCUUGACAGAAAUACAGUUAGAAAAUGCAAAAUACAGGAUGCUCAGAUUAAUAUAUCCAAAGCUUUUUCAUUUGUUUAUAUUGUAAAUAUUUUUUGAUUUCAUCAAAUUAUUUAUUCAUUAAAAUGAAUUUUUUUGUGAAGCACAGUGAGUGACAAUCAUUUUUAUUAAGCCCUGGAAAUGCUUACUGUAUGAUAGUGUAAACAUUUGUUUACCUUGUAUGGAUUCUCAGCUCAAUAAAUAAUUACAUACAUGAUAA